UUGCGAGCUAUCGUGCUCCCCGACCAGAAACAUCGACGAAACCUUUAAAUCGCCUCAUGCAUAGACUCUGCACGUUCCUGCACGACCGACCCACUGAACAACCAUGUCUCGACUAGUCAAAUGACAUACCUCGAUUGGCUCUCCUGCUACACUCACGGCAUCUUUGUUUGGAAAUUCUACUUGUAGUUCCCAUGCGGAUGAUUCCUCCCGUCAUGCAUGUAUGUCAACCGCGAUCCCGGAUCUAUUCUUGUUUCGUGCCGACUGCGAGGACAGAAAAUCGGCGGCCUACGGCAUAGGAUAGUCAGAUGAGAUUACUGAGGAACUGCAGCGGAGACGGCGAUCAUGUUACCCCAUGCAUCGCCACUGUACUAGGGGUAUAAGGCCGUGGGCAUCUCCGAGCUGCGCAAGACCCACUCAUCAACACCUCUCAAAGCACCCAAGCAGACGACGAAAGGAGGAAAUAGGCCUUCCUUACUCACCGCUCUCAACGGUUGCACCAUGAUCAUCCUUUACUUGCUGUCUCUGGGUAGCGCGGUUGUCAUUUAUGUCGUUUGGAAGCUGGUCGCUAUUAUCAUCAAGGACUACAAGUCCUCGCUGCGCUUCAUUCCCGGACCUCCAAACGCGAGCUGGGUCUUUGGUAAUCUCAAUCAGAUUUACGACGCAGGAGGCGAAUCUCUCCACGAGGCAUGGGAGCAGAAGUACGGAAAUGUAUUCAAGUACAAGGAGUGGCUUAAUGGCGAUGCACUCUACACAACGGACACUAGGGCGUUGAAUCACAUCCUCAGUCACUCCAAUGACUAUCAGAAGCCUGCAGUUGCGCGUUUCAACCUCGCUCAGGUUGUGGGCAAAGGCAUACUGUUUGUUGAAGGAGAGCAGCAUCGCCAACAGCGGCGCAUCAUGAACCCGGCCUUUGGUCCAGCGCAGAUCAGAGAAUUGACCGAGAUCUUUGUAGAGAAAUCUAUUCAGCUGAGAGACGUUUGGGCCGAAGAAGUUGCCAAGCAUGGAGAGCCUGCACGAAUCGACCUUAUCAACGGAUUGUCCAAGAUGACGCUCGACGUCAUUGGCCUCGCAGGUUUCAACUAUAGCUUCGACGCACUGAAUAUUGAUGGCAAGACGAACGAGCUGAAUGCUGCCUUCAGAGUUGUCUUCGGCGCUGCAACCGCGAAGCCAUCUGUCUUUGCAAUGAUGCGGUAUCUCUUCCCUCCACUCCGGAUCAUCCCCAGCGCGCGCAUAAGAGCCGUCAGCACCGCCAUGGCAACUAUGAGGAGGAUCGGCAUGCAGCUCAUCCAGGAAAAGAAGGCAGAGAUCGCGCAGUCUCUCCGCGCGGGAGAGAAGGCGAACAGCAAACUCGAGGGAGCGCAAAGCCGCGAUCUGCUUACGUUGCUCAUCAAGGCGAACAUGGCCACAGAUAUUCCUGAAAGCCAGAAGUUGUCGGACGAGGAUGUGCUGGCACAAGUCCCGACAUUCCUCACGGCGGGACACGAGACAACUAGCAACGCAACCGCCUGGUGCCUCUACGCACUCAGCCAAGCCCCCGAGGUGCAGCGAAAGCUACGCGAAGAGCUCCUGGAGGUUUCCACCGACAGUCCGACAAUGGACGAGCUGCUGGCGCUCCAGUACCUAGACGCCGUCGUUCGCGAGACCUUACGCGUGCAUGCGCCUGUACCGAUGUCUGGCAGAGUUGCCGUGAAGGACGACGUUAUCCCGCUGAAUGCCCCAUUCACGGACGUGCACGGGCACGUGCACGAUAGUAUCAAGAUUGACAAAGGAACCAAUGUCGACAUUCCGAUACUUGCUUUAAACAGAUCGAAGGAACUUUGGGGCGAUGAUGCUUUCGAGUUCAAACCAGAACGUUGGGACGCUAUCCCAGAAGCAACGAACAGCAUCCCCGGCGUUUGGGGAAAUCUCAUGACGUUCCUCGGCGGUCCUCGGUCGUGCAUAGGCUACCGGUUUACUCUCGUCGAAAUGAAAGCUCUGGUGUUCACGCUCGUCCGUGCGUUCGAGUUCGAGCUGGCCGUGCCGCUUGAGGAGAUCGGUAGGCAGGCUGCUGCGGUGCAGCGCCCGAUCGUCCUUAGUGAGAAAGAAAAGGGCAGUCAGCUGCCGAUGCUCGUCAAGCCAGUUAGGCGUACUUGAAGAGGACCUAUCGCAUUCAACUGUUGUCAUCGUUAUCGGUCUGCAUUCUAAUGAUGAGCGUGUCACAGUGUACCAUAUUGCGUCUUAACCGUUUACAAUUUCCACCUGUAACCUUCGUAUGCAAUUGAGAUGAGUUUCGUCUCUGAAGUUACUCCCCAC